AUGGCAACCAGGAAGGGAGAUGUAGUGGCCGCUGCCCCGAAAGCGGCCAAGAAGCCUAAGAAGGUCUUGAAUCGACCUCCUACUAGGUCCAUCGUUCGUUGGUGUGACGAACUGGAUAGAAAGCUGCUUCUUGCAAUCCAGUCCGCUUGCAACAAGUGUAACAUCCGUAUCCCUUGGAUCGAAGUUGCACUCAUGAUGGGAAGCAACAUCACCGACGGUGCAAUUAUCCAGCACUUGGCGAAGUUGCGUAUCCGUAUGGUGGAACUCGGCCAGGAUGUUCCACCACCGCUCCGUCGUUCAGGUGGCUCAGCCCAAAAGCCUGCUGAGACCGACAUGGAAGACACCCUAGUACCUAAGCCUGCUGCCACUCGAAAAGCCAACUCUCGCAAGAAGGGACCUAAGCGGUCCAUCUAUGACUCUGGAGACGAAAGCUACGAUGACGGCAACGAGCCAGACAAAAAGCCCAAGGCUAAAAAGGGAAAGAGCGCCCCAAAGAAGAAUAACAAUAGGACAGAGUCUGUUCCUAUCAAAAUAGAACAGGAGGCUGAGGAUGGUAGCACCACUUCCGAACUCCGGGAAAUUGAAUCCUCCAACGAGAACCACAAUCAACAGUUCGUUGGUGGCGGCGAGGACUUCGCAAACUUCGAAUACCAGCAUUCCGAGAGUAUACACACUCCUCCCAAUGACGAAUCAUCUCACCAUGGCGAACUUCCCGUCACCCAAGAUGUCACCUACGACGAGGAGACGGCCAACGCAACUGAAGUUUCGAACGGCGGAGUUGAGGCCUCACCAUUCCUCAUCGGCAACGAAACUCAUCCAGCUUCUGGAAUCGAGGCUCAAGCCAUUCCAUCUGCAAACAAUGCUGUAGUUGGUACUCAGCAGGCUCUUCCCAUAGGUAUCGGCCAAGUUGUUCCACAUGCAUACGCACCUCACCAUGACUCGCAAACCUUUCCAACUCACCAUGUCUGGACUGGAACUCAGGCUAGUGGUAACCAUUUCGAGACCCCGCAGCAGUUCCCUAUUGAUAAUUUUGGUUUCAUUCAUAGUACUGUGAAUCCAAUCGGGGCGUUCACUCAAGGUUUCCAGGCCCUUCCUGCCCAAGGUCACCUGCAGCACGGCUCUCACCUUCCAUUUGUCCCAAUGCACUCUGCCCCGUUAAACUCGGCUUCCAUGAGUUUCACAAGCUCAAACACCUCUUUGGCUAGUUCGAUGUUAGAAGAUGAAGGGCUGAUGCAGGCUGGGGUAUUGGACCACAAUAUCAAUUGGGCAAUGAACUCUGCCCGAGAGGCCGAAAUCGAACACAGCUUCAACGAAUUCAUUCAGCAGCUUUGA